AUGCGAAACGACUAUGCAGACUUAAAGAAAGAAGCAGAAAAGCCAGCAGAAGAUAAAAUGGAUAUGUUGACAUUUCUUAAUAAAAACUAUCCAACAGCAGAAGAUUUCCUUCUGUCUGACGUCAAGAAGAAGUAUAAAGAAACCUUCGGCAUUGUUAAAACAUUCGAUGUACUAAAAGAAGAAAUAGAAGCUACGAAAUUGUUUAGGAUUUCAAAUAUACAUCGUACAAUUCAUGUAAAACGCUUGUGA